AUGUCUCAGGACUCCUAUCUCCCACCGGCCAAGAAGUUCAAGCCGGGAAGCCCUCUAUCCAGCCACCUCCGGACAGGGGCCAUGCAGCUCGGGCCCAGGAAACAGCCGGUGCCCAUCGAUCAGCAGCGGCGGAGUCUACCCAUCUACCAGGCCCGAGCCCAGCUCAUAGGGCAGCUCCGACAGCUGGACAACGCCGUCAUCAUUGGUGAGACUGGUUCUGGCAAAACAACUCAGGUUCCACAGUAUCUUUAUGAAGCCAGUAUUGGGCGUCAAGGUAUCAUUGGGAUAACCCAGCCCCGUCGAGUGGCUGCUAUAUCUCUAGCAACUAGAGUAUCGGAAGAGAGAAAGUCUGAGCUUGGCAAACUGGUUGGUUUUACUGUUCGUUUCGAAGAUGUUACUUCAGAGGAGACAAAAAUUAAAUUCCUCACGGAUGGCAUGUUACUGCGUGAAGCAAUUGGAGAUCCACUUCUGCGCAAGUAUAGUGUCAUCAUCCUGGAUGAAGCUCAUGAAAGGACAGUGCACACUGAUGUACUGUUUGGGGUGGUUAAAAUGGCACAAAAGAAGAGGAAGGAGCUUGGGAAAUUGCCAUUAAAAAUCAGUAUUAUGUCUGCUACAAUGGAUGUGGAUCUGUUUUCGGAGUAUUUUAAUGGGGCCCCUGUUCUCUAUCUGGAAGGUAGGCAGCAUCCCAUCCAGGUCUUCUAUACCAAACAGUCCCAAAGUGAUUACCUCCAAGCUGCACUGGUUACAAUCUUCCAAAUCCACCAGGAGGCACCUGCUUCUCAUGACAUACUAGUGUUUUUGACUGGUCAGGAAGAAAUUGAAGCAAUGACUAAGACAUGCAGAGACAUAGCAAAGCACCUUCCAGAUGGCUGCCCUCAGAUGACAGUAAUGCCUCUUUAUGCAUCUUUACCACACUCUCAACAGUUUAGAGUAUUUCAGAAUGUGCCCAAGGAUCACCGCAAGGUUAUUCUUUCGACCAAUAUUGCUGAGACAUCCAUCACUAUAACAGGAAUCAAAUAUGUUGUAGAUACAGGCAUGGUGAAAGCAAAGAAGUACAACCCAGACAGUGGUCUUGAAGUGCUUGCAGUGCAAAGGAUAUCAAAAGCCCAGGCAUGGCAGCGUACGGGAAGAGCUGGUAGAGAGGACAGUGGGAUAUGCUAUAGACUCUAUACAGAAGAUGAGUUUGAGAAGCUUGAGAAAAUGACUGUACCAGAAAUACAAAGGUGUAAUCUAGCCAGUGUGAUGCUGCAACUUCUGGUUCUGAGAGUUCCGAAUAUUCUGACAUUUGACUUUAUGUCCAGGCCCUCUUCAGACUCUAUACGCGCUGCCAUUGAUCAGUUGGAUCUUCUAGGUGCAGUUGAGAGGAAGGAAGACCAGAUUAUCCUCACACCACUUGGAAGAAAGAUGGCUGCUUUCCCUUUGGAACCACGGUUUGCUAAGACUAUUCUCAUUUCGCCAAAAUUUCAUUGUACAGAAGAAAUCCUGACUAUUGUGGCUUUGCUUUCAGUGGACAGUGUUCUCCAUAAUCCUCCAGCUAAACGAGAUGAAGUACAGGCAGCUCGCAAGAAGUUCAUCUCUAGUGAGGGGGAUCAUAUCACCUUGCUAAAUAUCUAUCGUGCAUUCAAAAACUUGGGCAAAAAUAAGGAUUGGUGCCGUGAAAAUUUCAUAAAUGGCAGAAAUAUGAUGCUGGUAUCUGAGGUCCGUGCUCAGCUCAGAGACAUUUGUAUAAAGAUGUCCAUGCCAUUAGAGUCCUCAAGAACAGACUCGCGUAACAUCCGACAGUGCUUAGCCCACGGCCUGUUCAUGAAUGCUGCUGAGCUGCAACCAGAUGGAACAUAUACCACUGUAGAGACACAUCAACCUGUUGCCAUACAUCCAUCUUCUGUCCUUUUCCACUGUAAACCUGCGUGUGUGAUUUACAAUGAGCUUCUUCACACAUCUAAGUGCUAUAUGAGAGACCUGUGCGUGGUGGAUGCUGAUUGGCUCUUUGAAGCUGCCCCAGAAUAUUUCAGGAGAAAAUUAAAAUCUGCUAAAAAUUAG